UGAAGUGAAAAGUUUCUCUUUCCAGCAUAAGUUUCUUUGUUUUCUCUUAAUUUUGAGUAAAGAGAUUGAGAUUAUUACAAUUUUAAGCAUUAAAUACCCAUUACCUCCACAUUAAAUACCCACCCACUGCCUGUUUUCUCCCAGUGCUCUCUGACAAGCUGCAUUUAGCUUAACAGACAGGGGACGCUGAGCCUUUGGGUUUUACAGCCUAGCAGUGUUGCUCCCCUUGAUCAUGAGUGAGGCCUAACACCUUUUCAGACAUGAAAGGUCUGGCAGAAACUCCAGUGACAGCUGCAUCCUCUGCCCAAAUAACAACUUUGGUACAGGUCCUUUAAUUUAGUUUCAGCUUGCCAGAAAAACAGCCUUUUCUCCCCCAAUACUUGUUAGUCUUACAAAUUUAUUUCAAAUUAUACAUUUGAGAACAUUCUGGUAAGAACUAACAUUAUUUAAAGGAAAUCUGGAUUUCAGGUUUCUGUAUUUGGACAUUAAAUGGGCACUGACUUCUGAUUUUGACUCAGGUACUCCACAAAACUGUUUUUCUUUAGUACAAUCUAGCUCUCAAACAUGAUUUUGGACCAUGGUCUCUGUUUGACCUCCAGUGUGAAGACACACGCAAGACUGAUUUGCCAGAGUGGUGUGAAUAUCUCAGGUGCAACAGCAUAUCCUUCAUUAGACAGGUCACAUCAAACUGACAAUUGUUGUCGUGCAGCCUUUAAAGAGUAAUUUCCCACAAAAGGAAUCUAAUUAUUUUUCUUUCUAUCACAUUAUCCGUCUAUUUAGCCUCAUUCGCACCACUGUGAUAACGAACGGCGUCCUUCGGGAAGGUCGCAUUUUGGCACUUGCGGUUUUCUUUGAACUUUCUUUCGCCUGAGCUGUGAACCAAUAAACUUCCGGAGAUCUGCUUCUGUAUAAAUACGCUUUGGCAAAAUCGCUUUCACACAAUCCGCCUGUCAUUCAGCCUGAAUGUCACCCUUGCUGGACUAUUGUCUGGAUUUCUAACAUGGAUCUGGAGGAUGUUACAGCUAAAAUACUGACUGAAUGGAAGUGCCUUGAGAGCACCCCUAGAGAAAGCCGAGAGUCGCUUCAGUCCACUUCAUCCCCGAUGGAGUCCAUGUGCUCCUCACCAGAGAUGUGCUAUCCCAACGAACAUCUGGAAAUCAAGGAUUUCUCUUUAGGCUUCACUGGGCGAAAAAUGACUCCAGCAGUGCAAAGGCAAAGCAAAUCAAAAAUGUCCACUAAAAGGCGCAUGAAGGCCAGCGAGAGGGAGAAGAUGCGGAUGAGGAGUCUUGCAGAGGCUCUGCAUCAGCUCCGUGACUACCUUCCGCCGGACUACAGCAAGCGAGGACAGCCCCUGACCAAAAUACAAACGCUCAAAUACACAAUUGAAUACAUCAACAAGCUUUCAGACAUUCUGAGCCGCGCGUAAAGGACGCAGCAUGGCCAACUUUUACGCGCAGGAUUAACUCACCCGGACCACGGACAGUACCUGCACAUCUUCCGACAGCAGUUAGAUGUUACGUUUCUCAUCUUAUGAAUGCAAAUGAUUUCUUACUUAUGCUGUGUUUCUUUCUCUUUUUGUCUUGGUGUAAAUAUUGUUGGGAUUAAAAGUAUUUUUGUAUAUGAGGUUCCCCUUUUGAAAUCAUCGUUGCAUUAUUAGAUAUAUAGUUUAUAGUUGAUAGUUGAAUGUGUAUAAGACUAUGCCAAACAUUUUUUAUUUUAUUUUUUAUGUUGAUGGAAUUAAGAAAAAGAAACAUCUUAAUAACUGAAACUUUUAAAAGUGUACAUUGUUUUAGUAUAUUUUAGGAUUUAGGACUUAAGGAUUUCAUUCUCCAUGCUGUUGUACGUUGUCUGUUCUGAAAGAUAAUCAUUUGUGCGUGUGUGUCUUUGAGAACAAUCUUCUAAACCUGAUUUUCACACAUUUUCUUCUGCAUAUAUGUUUGACGAACAAAUAUAUAAAAAUUAAACUGAUAACAACUU